CUAAAGUCGGGCAAGCCUGUGUCUCCGUGUUCUGCCCUGGAUAUAGGAAGUGCAAUAGUGGCAGAGCUGCAAACGACCCCCACACGGAAGAGGAACAACAAUCAGUCAGUCAAUCAGUCAGUUCUCCCACAGCGGUGGCAGUGGUAUUCCGAAGCAGCGCAUGUGUGACGGCAUCAAUGAUUGCUGCAGUAGCGGAGAGGAUGAGUUUGUGCAGCUGUGUGGCAUUGAGGAGUGCCGGGAGAAGAAUGUCGGGUGUGUGUGAGCCUCUUUACAUCAACACUCGAGAGUCAUACUACUGCCAGUGCCGGCAAUGCAGGGUACAGACUCGUGUCAGAAAGUUCAAGUGUGAAGACGUUGACAAGUGCGUGGAGUCGCCCAGAUCCUCUCCCUGUGGACCAUCCCCUCAGCAGUGUUCGAUCCGCCCAGCAGCAGCAAGUGUCAUGAGAAGGCGGUCAUUGAAGUGUCAACUCCCCAAGCUGGCACGGUGGUGGGUGUUUUGAUGGGCUCCCUUGGUGUUCUUUGCCUAGCUGUUGGGGACACCAGAUGAACCAAGAGUGGACUUACAGGCCACCUGUGCUGGUGGGGGAGCGGGUGGUGUGGCUGGGGGGAGACACAGCACCAGUGUCUGGAGAACAUUGCAAUUACCAGCCCCACCAUGGUACUGUAAGCUGGAUUGGCCGAGUCUCAGAAAUUGGCAAUGACUGGAUUAUUGGAGUAGAAUUUGAACUAGACAUGGCUGGUGGCUGUGAUGGAACAUGGAAAGGACGUCAAUUGUUUUCCUGUCCCAAGAUGCGAGGUCUCUUUCUGCCUGUAGCGUCUGUCAUCAAAGAGAAGGACUUCUACACCAAGAAGAACAGCUUACCUUCCAAUAAAACCAGUGUGUCGGCUCUAGUCUCUUCAAACACCUCACAGCCACCAACCAACACUGACCUGAGUUUAGCCCCUGAGCCUCCUCCAUCCAAAAAUAAAAUGUCCCAUCACUCACCUAUUAUCCACAGUAGGAAUACCAACAAGCAAAAUGAAGAUGAUCUAAAGGUGUCAUCAAGGUGUGCAGUGGAAAAUGGUGGAGAGAAGACCUCACACCAUCACAUGCACAAGAGUAUGGGUGCUACUAGCAUGACUUCAUCUGUCCCUUCUUCUACUGGUGCUACUGUCAUCACUCCAACACAGUGCUCCAUCACAGACAUCUCCACAUACACAAGUAAGAAGCAACUCCUCGCAGGGAGACAUGUAAACACAGGGGCUCAGGAUACUUCCUGGGACUGCAGUUUUAGCCAGGAGAAAAGCUUAUGGACGGUUACAAGUGGAUCAGUGACAGAAACAGGAGCAGCACAGCAAUUAGAGAAUGAGGGUGACUUUAAUGACAAUUUUAGUAAUGAAUCAUUGUACUUUGGUGAAACGAUGAUAAGAAAAUCCACAUUAACAUCCAAGGCUGUAUACAAUGAUUAUUCAGAAAGAGUAAGGACAAGUCAACCCAGCAUAUCAACACCAUCUAGUCCAAGUCUUAGUGAAUAUCAAAGGCAUUAUGGGAAAAAAUCAAGUUAUUCCAGCACAUCAACAAUAGCAAGUGAUUUAUCAAAAUGUAUGAGCACACCUGGAAGAUAUUCAUCAUCUCAGAGUCCUUACUCUGAAUGGAAAGAAAGAUCUGGAUUUUUUGGCAUCUUUCGAUGGUUUAGGAAUAAGAAAAAGCGAUCAGCUUCCAUUGAUGGGAUGAGCAACACAAGCAGUGGGAGUAUGAACAGUCUCUCAAGCACCAUCAGUAGCAGUGCUUAUUCCCCCAUCAUUAGGAGUAGGAGUGCUGAUAUUCAAAACAAAACUGACUCAAAACAAGGCCAGUUUGGUAUGACUAGGAGGUAUAAACUGUUCUCAAAAAGUUCUUCUGGAAGGGGAAACUCUCGUUCCAGUGAUGAAGAAAAUGGCCGGAGGUUGUCAGUCAUUAGUGCUUGCUCAGACACAUCAUCAAGACCUGGAUCUAGAGGAGCAACUUUGACAAGGAAGAAGAGACCAGCCCCACAACCACCCAAUUCACCAAAACUAGGUGAUUCAGAAUCAUUGAAGUCUCAAAAAAGUUGUGCUAGUUUACCUAAUAGAGACCUGAGACCUGUCAGAACUCCAGAACCUAUUUCCCCUGCUUCCCUUGACCAAGACUUCAAUGGAAGGAAACUUCAUAAAUCCAAAAGUGAGGGUGUGAUCUAUUCUAGAGUUAAAAGAAGAGCUCCAUUACCACCAGCCCAGGCUCCCACAGGUAACAACAGUAAAACAGAACCUGGAAGAUCGUUAUCAAAAGAAAGUGGUAAAUCUCCAGCAUCCUCUGGCUCCUCUAAAGAUUCUGAUCGCCCAAUAAGUACUGUUUCUAAUGUCAGUUCCCUUUCCCAGUCUCUCUCUUCUGCCUCAACAACACUUAAGUCACAGAAAUCUCAGAGUAGCAGUAUUACUUCUAGUGGGCCCUCCAGCAGUCAAUGUUCCUCAGAGUCAGUGCUGGUAGAGAGUGGAGUUUCAAAGCAAGAUCUUAUAGAAUCUCCACCUAGUCCUGCAAUUGCUGACUCUGGUAAGGUGAGUCUUUCCCCUCGUCCCUGGUACAAAAGGAAGAAUAAGAAUAAGGACACUAAAAAUGUUGUAGAUAAGGAAAAGACUAGUGACUGUAUAUAUGAUACCUGGAUGCCAGAAAUACAGUUUGCACGCCAGAAGCUAAGUUUAGGUGGUAGCCUGAAAAAAGGGGGCAAGACUGAUGGAAAAUGUAAUCAGGCUCCACACACCCCAAAAGAAGAGAAAAAAGAGAAAAGGAAAUCCCAAGUUUCUUUGUUGGCAAGUAUCAGUGAAUUGGAUAGAGCAGCAUCAGAACAGAUGCAGAGAGAGCAGGAGAACAAGCAAGCACAGAAGCAAACUUAUGACAAUCAGUUUUACAGAACCAGUGAACCUCACUUUCUAACUCAAACAGAUUUUCUCCCUCAACCAAAGGACAAAUCUGUAGGUGGAGUUUCAGAUAUAGGUACAUUAAGUCCAUCUGGUAGUGGUACAAUAAAGUCAUCGGCAAGUGUGAAUACUGAAAUGGAAGAGCAAAUAGUACAUACCAGAAUUGGGUUGUAUGAUAACCUUAGUCUUGGUGACCAUGAUUUCACCCUGCCUCAAAGCUAUUCUAAGCAGACAACAUUGAAGAUGGAGGAGAGAGAAGACCUGCAACAUUUAUCCCAAGCCAAAGUCCAUCCAAUUUAUAAUGUAAGGUCUCCAGAAGAAGAGACCAAUUCUAAGGAAAUCAAUUUCACUCUCAUUGACAAUAGAAGAUCUAUCAUCACACAUCAGAAUGUACCAGUUUCUCCAGAGUCAUCCACGUCUAUGACAAGGGAUUCUCCAUUGCACCGAGCAACCAUAGAUGCAGAAUUAUUCUAUCGUCUAGCUAAAGAUUCCCAAAGUCCAGCUGAGUCUAAAGUUAAAAAUUCUCCAGUACUCGGUGGAUUUAGAGAAAUGAAGAAAGUAGCAUCAACCAAUGGACAUAUAACUGAAGAACAAGCAGAAGAUGAAAAUGUUCACACAGAGGAAAGCCCAAAGAGUCCUAGGAGACAAAAUAAAAAUUUUGGUUUUCGAAUGAACAAUUUUUUUUCACCUGAUGUUUCAACAAUUAUUGAAGCUUCAGAAUCCAUGACUUCCAGUGCUACAACUCCUGCUGAUGACAUAUAUGAAGACCUGCCCAUCUUGUCAGUUGCCGAGAGAGGAAGGAGAGAGAGUUUCCAAGAUGAGAUUAACAGUGAACAAAAUUGUGAUUUUCAGUUGAAUUCUUCUGAUGCGCGUGAGAUCAUGAGAGAGUUAGCAGAUGUCAGGCAGGAAAUAGAAAAGAUUAACGAGGAAGAAGAAAAAGAAUUCCAAGAGAGACAGCGAACAAAAGCGGACAAGAUUCGUGAGGAAGUGUUACAUUUAAGAGAAGCCAACAAUUUUAUCGCUUGGCAUAGUGCUGUUGAACAGAAUAACUGUGGAAAUAUAGAAGUAACCCCAUCUCCAGUAAAUGUAAAUGGUGAGGCUAGUCGCAAAUUCAAGUGGGUGUGUGAUAUGUGCACCUUGAACAAUACUCCAUGGCGUUUGCAGUGUGAAGCUUGCUUGGCACGCAGACCUGCCAACCCGAAGAGGGUGGAUGAUGAUGGUAAAUCCUUGACAUCAGAUUUUGUUAGUCCUCAAGCAAGUGUUUCAAAUGAAAGUCCUGUUACUGUAAUCUUUGAAGAUGGUAAUAAUGGUAUUAGAGAAUGUCCAAGGGAAGUUUUAGAAGGUGCAGGAGCAAUUUUUCCAAGUAAUGCAGAGCCAUUGGCUAAUGAACAAAGUUGCCCAGUUGAUAAAAAGAAGGAUAUUAAUUGGGAGAAAGAAUUGCAAAAAUAUUUCAGAACAUUUGAUGAACAUGUAAAAGGCAACAAUUCUGGAAAACCAACAACAAAGUCAUCAAAAGAUAGAAUCCCAGCUAACAAAGAAGUUUGCAGUAAAAAUACACAGAAAUCAGGAAAAGAAUCAGAUAGCAUAGCAUCUAAUAAUCAAGUGAAAUCUGAUAGUGAAAAUAAAGGUGCAAAACCCAAAAUGAAAUUUUUUGGUACUGCCACAGGACCACCAUCCACUUUCAUUGCAGGAAAUGAAACCUCUCGGGAAACCAAUGAAAAUACUGAACAGGUUUUGUCAUUAACUAUCAAAGAGUCACAUACAAAUGAAAGUUUGCAGAAAGAACCUGAUAUGGAAGCUAUAAGAAAAGCAAGACUUGCUAAGUUUCAAGAAAGAAAUGUGCAUGUUGUAGGAGCAUAUGUACCACCAGAUAAAGAAAAAAAAACUAGGAUUAGAAAUCAUACUACUAGAGUCACUAAGAAUUCAAUUUUAGAAGGUCAAGAACUUAAUAGAGUAACAUCAGAAGUGAAUGACAGCUCCAUACAAAGAAAUGACAGCUCAGAACUUAGUGGUCCAGAGAAUAAAAUGCAGGAAAGUUCUUUCAGCAAGUCUUACUGUAAACCUCAAGUAAUGAAGCCAAGUGGAGCUGUGCGGGCUGCAGUUAGUAUUUUUAACCAAUUUGAGCAAUUGCAGCAUGCUAAUAAAGAAAAGCCAGCUAUCUGUCGCAGAAAAUUGAAUAGUAGUUUAUUUGAAAGGACAAGAGCUUUUGAGCAUGUGUAUCCAGAAGCCACCAGUCCAGAGUCUGAGAGAUGCAGUGGUGGUAAUAGCAAAUCUAAAAGUGCAAGUAAUUGUCCAAGGGAGAAGGAGGUAUUUUCAGCCAUAGCAAAAUUUGAUGAAAUGGCUGCUAUAGCAGAACUAGAAAGUAUAGAUAAAUUUAGACAAAAAAGUAAAGUAACAAGAAGACCAAAAUUACUGAAGAUAUCAGUUCCACAAAGUUUCCAGACCAAUGAUAGAUCAAACUCUUCUUCUAACACAGUUAAUGGUUCUCCCAAAAUGAGAAGGUACACAUCCUCUUCACAAUCAUCCUCUACUGACAUUAAUGAUCUUCCUGGAAAUGCUCACCAUGCUUCCAAAUCCUCUGCAAAAAUUAAGGAGACUUCAGAGGGAGUCAUCAUGGAUGGAGUCUUGUACACUGAACAUAGAAAGCACUCUAUGUCAAUAAGUUCUAGUACUUUUGAGCUCAUCCAAGCAGAAGAUUUUGUUAACAUAGAGGCCCAACAUAGUGAGUCUUCAACAUACUCAGACUCAAGGGGCAUAACUGAUGUUGCUACUUCUUCAACACAAAGUUCUUCUAAGGUCAUAGAGGUGUCUGGUAUUAUAACUGAACACAUGAAUGAUGAUAGAUGCAGGAUUGUUAAUGAUGAUUCAACCUCUGUGGCACCUGAGACAAGAACUGAGCCUCAAGUCUGGCCACUGCUGGAACCAAAAGAUGUUGACAGACUGAGUCACCAGCUAACAGAGGCUGAUGGAAUUGCUACAUUUAAAGCAAACCUCAGAGUUGAAGAACCAGCUUUAGGUCAGACCAACACACUUCACAUCGGUAAGCUCCUCAAAAAGUUGGAGGCUGCCAUCUCCAGAGGAAAUCACGCUGAAGCGGCAAAACUGGCUCAUGAACUUGCAGACUUUAGAGUAUCUUGUUCUGUUACAAGAAAUAAUAAAAAUGAAAACAGAAGUACAUCUGCUGGAAGUUCCACAACCCAAGUCAACUUGUCAUCCAACUGUGAUGAAGCUAGACAGCUGGCUCCCAUUCAUUCAGAUGCUGAAAGUUCAGGGAUGCAAGCUUCUAGCAAUAUUUCAGAGUGCUACUAUGAUGCUACAGAAGUAAUGGAGGUUGAUGAACUGAGUACUGAUGAUCAUGACAAUCUCCUGGACAUGGCUUCUGUGAAUAAUUUAGAAAAGUUAGUGCAACAGAAAGAAAAUCCCUAUUCACUCUCAAAAUUGGAAGAUUCCUCUGAGGCCACCACAAACUCAUCUGUUCUUCCACAACCAAAGCAAAUAUUAGAAAUAGAUUCAUCACAUGAGUCUUUCAAUGGUACUGAAGCACAGGAAGUAGAUACAGAGACUGAAACAGUACCAAAUAUGCAGGAAACACCCAAGAUCACUUAUUCUCCAUCUGCAGCAAGAAGAGAAAUUAAAGUUGAUCCUGCACGACGCGAAGUGAAAUCAGACACUAUUACAAAGUUGCCUGAUGGACUUCAUGUACAUAUGAAAGAAAACAAGGAGUCAAAUCAACCAUUCUAUGUGAAGAUGUAUGUGGAGGACAAGAACAGCCACCAGGGUCCUCUGUCAUUUGCCGUGACGCCAACAAUGACUGUGGGUCAGCUUAGAGAAAAGCAGGCAAUAGAGGAGUGGAAACAAAUAUCAUGGGGAAAGACAACACGCAGGCUAAAAGGGUCACAAGAAGAAGAAGAAGCAGCCGAGUGGCAUGAGUCUCCCGCCUGCCUGUGGCUCAUCUCAUCUCUGCUUUAUCUUUUGGUAUUCCAUGUUUGUCAAGACUUUGGCUUUCCACCUGAAGUUCAACGAUGGAUUUUAGGAAAGCGGCUUGCCGAUGAUGAUCAAAUCACUCUUGAACAUCACAGAGUGACCUCUGAGGGCUGCCCCAUCUUCCUUUAUCUUGUGGCACCUGAAUUGGAAUCUCAGGCAAAUGCUUCCACAAAGAAGAAAGUUCAAGGGAAAAGUAAUUAUGGAGAAAAUUCUCAAGAACUUGGAGCAUCAGGAGGUGUGGCUAUUGACAAACCAAGGUAUUUGAAGGUUUAUGAUGAUGAAGGCAAUGUGGAGUACAGGUAUUAUAAUCCUGACUCAAGGAAAUAUGAAGUUAGUACUGACAUUGAUGGUAGUGAUGGAGAUGAGGAUGAUGAAGUGGAAGAGGAGGAGGAGGAGGAAGAGGGAGAUGAUGAAUAUGAUGAUGAAGAUGAUGAUGAUACUCUUGAGGAAGAUGAGAUAGAAGAAAAUAAAGCUGAUAUGGAGAAAUUAUAUGAAAAUAUCAACCAAAAUGAAGAUGGAAGAUAUAAACAAAGAACCUUAGGAUACGAUGCACAAGAUGUUAAAUAUUCACUUCAACCACCUGUUACUACACAUCGCAAGACCAAUGAUGUAAAUGAUUUAUUAAAUCAGAAGAUUUUGUUGAAUGGAUACUCUGGUGCUACAAAUUAUAAUCAGGUUGUGACUUCCAAAAGUAACAAUUUCAAUUUAUAUGCAAAUGAGUCAGUUCCCACCCAUAACUCAGCAGUAUCUAAAGAAAUAGAACACAAAAGUAGAAUUAAUUUUAACCAAUCCGGCCGAAGAUUAGAUGUGGAAAACUCCAAUGGUAAUGAACUAGCAGUAGCAAAUGAGAAGAAACAAGAUAACUUACAGCACAAAUGUCAAUCUCAGCAACCUCAGCCUCAUGUUAUGCAAGGACAUUCAGGUGCAGGUUCAAGUUUGCAGCCUCAGUUGACAGUGAAUGAUAAUGAAAACAGUGCACCAUUGGGAAAAUCAUUACAAAAGAAGGAUUAUGAUACAAAACAAAAUGACAAAGUUAAUCAACAAAGGCAGAUUUUCCAAAAAGAAAAAUCACAAAAUUCUCAGUUGUCAGAAAUAGGAUAUAAGUUAGCUAUGAAAUCUCAACCACAACAAAACUCAAAGAAUCAUGAAAUGCAGUUACCAAGUGAAACAAAUAAGCAGCAGUUAUCAGAACCUAAAAAACAGGAGUCAUCUCAUCAGCAAACACCAAAUAAAAGCUCUUCAGAUGCCCAGCCAAAUGAAUCUCAGAAAGAGCUUCCAUCCACAUCCAGAGGUCAUGGUUGGGUGUGUCCUUCAUGUACUCUGGUGAACAAAUGGUCCAGGCCUGGCUGUGAGGCCUGUGCCACUGAGCGGCCCGGUACAUCACACCAAGUUGCUGGAGCUGUGGACAAGGGUUCUGGCCUGGGUGCCGUUGUGUCUGUGCUGGACCGCCAGGGUUAUGUGCCCAACCCCGACCCUUUUGAAUGCAGAGUGUGCUUUAUGGAUGUGGACUCAGGGAAGGGUGUGGUGCUGAGGGAUUGCCUUCAUACUUUUUGCAGGGAUUGUUUGGCCAAUGGUAUCAAGUAUUCUGACACAGCAGAUGUGAAGUGCCCCUACAGGGACAGCCAGUACUCUUGUGACUCUUCUUUGCAAGACAGAGAAAUAAAAGCUUUGUUGACUGCGAAGGAAUAUGAGCAGCACCUGAACAAGUCUGUGAAGCAAGCUGAGGGUGCCAUGCAGAAUGUGUUCCACUGCAAGACUCCUGACUGUCCAGGAUUCUGCCAGUUUGAAGACAAUGUUAAUGAAUUCCAUUGUGACGUCUGUGGAAAGGACAACUGCCUCACUUGUCAGGCCCAGCAUGGAGGCACCACCUGCCAGGAGUACCAGGAUGACCUUGCUAAUAAGGUGGAUGAAGCAGCUAUGAAGACAAAAAAAUUCUUUGAUGACAUGAUUCGUAGAGGUGACGGCCUGCCCUGCCCCAAGUGUUCUGUGAUGCUAGUGCGCAAGUGGGGUUGUGACUGGAUGCGGUGCCCCAUGUGCCGCACAGAAAUUUGUUGGGUUACCAGAGGGCCACGGUGGGGGCCUGGGGGUCCAGGAGAUGUGUCUGGCGGGUGCAAGUGUGGAAUCCGGGGCCAAAAGUGUCAUCCAAAGUGUACUUAUUGUCACUAGCACUGCCUUUUGUUGACUCUUCAUAUUAUGAAAAGAUAUCAUACUCUAGGCUCUUGAAUGAGAAUAUCUGACUGUAAAAGGUAGUGUACAAUUCAAACUCCAUUUUCAAAGGUUUCAUAUAUAUAAUUUGUUUUUGAGAGAAAUAGAAUGGGAGCUUUCCUCAUGGUCAUGCAUCCUUACAGUAACUAGUGAUUUCUAUUCACUGUUCGUGCUUGAUUCCAGAAAGGAAGGUGCUUAGAUUUUCAUUCUUUCUUGCAGAAUAGUUGAUAAAUGGAUACAGUAAACCAUUGUUGUUAGGAAUGUCAAAUAAGAUCAGUGCUGCAAGCCAAUUGAACGAAGCUCACAUUUGAUGAACUCUCCCUUAUUAAAGACAAAAAUAAUGGACCCUCAAGCCUCUCAAACAACUAUUGCUUGUAGCAAACUAAUUGUUGCUCAAUGCAGAAGAAAGUUGUUGGUUAAGUUAGAGUGAUUACUCUUUUUAUAUUUGCUACUAAACAACUUCCCUAAUACAACAACCUCAGUUCACUGAGGGAUCCUAUGAUUCUAUGAUGGUGAUCACUGGAUACAGUAUAUUUUACAAUACAACAAACUGGUUUCUCCAAGUAGUUCUUUAAAUCAAGGGUGUAUUGCAUAUUGCAGAAACAUGUGAAAGAUUUUUUGUGACUGCCUAAUCCAUCCUCAUUCGCCAAGACUUCAAAGGGCACAGGUGGGGGACAGGAAUAAUUUAGUGACAAAUACUUAGGGCACACAAUUGACCACUAUCAGAUUAACAAAGAUCACAACAUUAAAAGAAACACCUAGAUUGUCUUUGCACUCUAGUGUUUCAAACCAAGACCUCCUUAGAUGUGAGUUGACAGUAAUCUGUGAAAAGCCCUUCAUAAUGGGAAGGUGCUUGCAUGGAAGGCUGCUGUAAGGGACUCAGUAGGGAAGUUUUGUGGUGAAAGAAAUGAAAAGAUAUUCUAUAAAAAUCAUAUGAAAUGAGUAAAUCUGAUUCCUCUUCUAAACAGUAAUGAUGCAGCUUUACAAGUAACACCAUAAAGUGUAAUAAUUUAUUCAGUAACAUUAGUAUGACUGUGAAGGUAUAGACAUUUUAAGUGUAUGUGUCCUGAAAUAAGGCAUGAUUUUUUGGGGGGCAAUAUUUGGCUUACUCUUUUAAAACAAAUCUUCCCUUUGGAACACAAGUUGUUGCUAGGGAGUUGACUUGGAAAUUACAGUGUUACCUAUUUUCUACCUGUAAUAGUUUGUGUGCUGCAAUAUUUAUUUAUGAGAAUGGAGAUUGGAGUGUAUAGAAUGCAUAAUAUCAAACUAGAUUUUGUAGCACCUGCUGAUCUUAAAACAAGUAGUAAUUUAUUGAUGAGGUACGACAAAUAUCUGUGAUAUAGUCUGCUAUUACUUAUAUUGAGGCAGUGCAGUUAUUCAUUGGUAAUUGCAACAUAUUAAUAAUGUUACACAUAAAGGUGGGAAAAACAUCCACCAUGUGAUCAUCAGUUCUUUAAUAUAUUAUAUUGUAUUAUAUAUUCAUGCUGGAGUGAAUGAUUCAUUUACUAGGCACUGGUUGGAAUAGAAAAUAUUACUCUAGUCAGUUUGUCAUAUCUAGUCAGUUUUGGAGAACUAAGAGAUUUAUAUACUACAAGCCUCAUUGUACUUUAGUGCAAUGCAGGUAUCCUACAAUUCAACAUAUUUAGGAUUCUAUUUCCUAUCCAGUUGGUGGAAUUUAUGCAUUAACCAAACCUAAGCAUAAGUUUUGUACUUUAACCCUUCAUAAGGUCUGUCAAACUCAUUUUGUACAUUUUUGUAUUCUUGCUAUUCAUGUAUAUGUCCUGCAAAUAGAAAUUAAUGUGAAAUGAUGUGUAAUAUACUCAAGAAAAUA